AGAAGCCUCUGGACGGGCGCCUAGCCACUGGGGAGGCCCAGGUCCGAGGGGAUCCGAGUUCAAAGCCAAGCCGGGCCAGGAAAGUCUUGUGAGCCUCUUCUCUCGCAUCAACCAACCAGAAAACCCAGAAGUGGAGCUGUGGCUUCCAAUGGUUUUUUUAAACUAUCCAAAUUAAAGAAUACACUGGAUAAAAAUCUUAUAAACCAAGAGAAAAUUAUACCAAGAGAAAUGUUUUAACUAUUGACACCAUAGUCAAAAUCAUGGCUUCGUCAGCAAAUCUGGACCUUGGAGCCCAGCUAAUAGUGGAAGAAUGUCCCAGCAGUUAUAGUCUGCCUGGCAUGCCAGACAUUAAGAUAGAACAUCCACUGGACCCGAAUUCAGAAGAAGGAUCUGCUCAUGGGGUUGCCAUGGAAAUGAAAUUCAUACUGCCCAAUCGAUUUGAUAUGAAUGUGUGUUCUCGAUUUGUGAAGUCCUUAAAUGAAGAAGACAGUAAAAAUAUUCAAGAUCAGGUUAACUCUGACCUGGAGGUGGCAUCUGUCCUAUUUAAAGCUGAAUGCAAUAUCCAUACUUCUCCUUCUCCUGGAAUCCAAGUAAGACAUGUCUACACUCCCUCUACAACCAAGCAUUUCUCACCCAUUAAACAGUCAACUACUUUAACCAACAAGCAUAGAGGAAAUGAGAUAUCUACCACGCCUCUGUUAGCAAAUUCUCUGUCUGUGCACCAGUUGGCCGCCCAGGGAGAGAUGCUCUAUCUGGCUACUCGGAUUGAACAAGAAAAUGUUAUCAAUCACACGGAUGAAGAAGGAUUUACUCCUGUGAUGUGGGCUGCAGCACACGGGCAAAUAGCUGUGGUAGAGUUUCUACUUCAGAAUGGCGCCGACCCCCAACUUUUAGGAAAAGGUCGAGAAAGUGCGCUGUCCUUGGCGUGUAGUAAAGGGUACACAGACAUUGUCAAAAUGCUGCUGGAUUGUGGCGUUGACGUCAACGAGUAUGACUGGAAUGGAGGCACGCCCCUGCUUUACGCUGUGCACGGGAACCACGUGAAAUGCGUCCAGAUGCUCUUAGAAAAUGGAGCUGACCCAACAAUGGAAACUGACUCUGGGUAUAAUUCCAUGGAUUUAGCUGUAGCCUUGGGUUAUAGAAGUGUUCAACAGGUUAUUGAGUCACAUUUGCUGAAACUGCUUCAGAAUAUCAAGGAGUGACCCAGUCCUCAGAAAUGGUGUCGGCCCUUCUGCUCCCGUCUUGGUCUUUAUAAAUGAUAGUUUUAUUUACUUCUAAAUUUUUACCUCAGUUGCAAUACUUUCUGAUUUUUAGUAAGUUUUUAUUCCUCUUGGUAAUUCACUGGUUUAUAAAAAAAUUUUAAUGGUGUUUUUUUUAUAAAUGUGUUUUAUUGUAUAUUUAAAGUUAUAAAUUAAUGUCUUAUGGCAUGUAAAUUUUUAUCGUACAGAUGGGUAUCUGUCUUUGUACAAUCUCUGUAACCUGACACUUUCAUACAUGUUCUUCCCUGCUCAUCCUUACUCUUGUAUUUCCACUGACUCUAUGUAGGGCUUGUUAUAAAUCCAGAUGGGAAAAAGUGUUACUGUUGAAUUAAAAAGUACACAGUGUGCUUGUUUACAAAAUGAUGUCAUAAAUAAAGCACUUUUGUCCAUUUGCA